AUGACCGCCACUCAGAUCUUCACCGUAUUCGCCGGCAUCCUUGCACUAGCCGGCGCCUAUCUCUAUUUCUUCGGCAUCGACCCCGAGACCAAGCGUGCGCUCGAGAAGAAGGCUCUCAAGACUAUGGGCGAGAACAAGAUGUCUUACCUGGCCAAAGACCAGAUCAACAAGAUCCCUACCUCGGAUCAAGAAGACGUCAAGAACCUCAAGAAGUCUCUCGGCAAUGCUGUCGGUGGUGUCACCAACAACCCCCUUGGGGAGACUGCUGGUGAAGCCACAGACAGACUCACAGCUCCCCUUACUGGACGCUAA